UCCAUUGGGGAUCAAUUUCGGCAGGACAAUUAUGAAGUUCAAUAGAUGAGCUGAAUUCUUUGGUUGGAUAUACGAAUAGUGUGCUUCCAGGACAUAAUUCUCUCUAAUUUGCUCCAUCGUAUAAAGAGUUUGCUUCAAGGAAUGUCAACCGGGGUUACCUCGCUCUUACGAUGGGUAGUUUAUUAGGAAUACUGAUUUUUGUUGGAAUUUGUCAGAUUUUUCGAUUUACACAUGAAAGCGUUAUUCUUCAUGAAUUAACUACGUUGGAGUUAGAGGAGAAAGUCACAAUACUCUCACCGAACAGUACGGGAAACGACACGUAUCCCACCAAUGUGAAGAUUUCUUGGCUUGUAUCCGGACCAGCGGAUACCCGGAUUGUCGCAACCUUCCGAACCUUCCGAAUUGAACCGAACUUCGAUUUCUUAACAAUUGGUUUUGGUCUUGACGCCGGGGACCCCAAAUCCAUGUUAAGAGCUUUGUCUGGGAGAUCUCUUCCUGAUGACGUCAUUUCAUUGACCAAUCAGAUGUGGCUUCACUUCGUCUCAGAUUCCAGCAUCACAGAUCAAGGGUUCAAGAUCGAUAUAUGGGUGAAAAAUAUUUCAGAUUCUUUGCAGAUGCCGCUGACAUCCAUCGCGGGAGGUUCAUAUGAGGAGGAUGUCAAUUGCCAGCCCGCCAUCUGCCCAGAAAUAUCUCAAGAAAGUGGAAAUGUGUCUCUGUGUAAACGCGUUACACAAGAUUGUCCGCUUAAAUUGAACCCGUUCCUAGAAGCAAACUGCAGUAACUCACAUCUCGAUAAUACACAUAUGAUGUGCUUGGCCACUAAUGGGGGAAGCGCUAAAGAUACAUGGUUCAAACGGAUUGAGUACCUACGUUUAUUCAUGUACCAGGUCAAUAUUAUCCACAGCGGGGCCUUUUCUGUUUUAUCCAACCUGACAUUUUUGGAUAUAUCAAAUAACAACAUCACAACUCUAAGGGAAAAUGCCUUCUCGGGAUUGACCAAGCUUUAUAAGUUAAAUAUUCUCAAUAAUUUAAUCAAGCACAUUGAGAGAGGUGCCUUUGCUGGAUUGUCAUCGUUACAUGAACUUGAGUUGCAGACUAAUUUUAUUACAGACAUCAAUCGUGAGAACCUAGCGGGACUUGGCAAUCUGACUUGGUUGUACCUGCAGAACAACCACCUCACAAACAUCAACGAAAGGGCCUUUUCGCUGUUGACCGAGUUGCGAGUUUUGUAUUUGUCAAACAAUUCCAUCCGAAGCAUAAGAGAGAAUGCAUUUUCGGAACUCCAUCGGCUCGUGUAUUUGGACAUAAGCUACAAUCAGAUUGCAAGGAUAUAUCAUCGUUCAUUCCUUGGUCUUGCCAAUCUUAAAUAUCUUCUUCUUUUAGGUAGUGUCCCCGAGGAGCUUCAUCAAAAUGCUUUCGAUAUCUUUACAUCCCUGGAUGUCGUAAUUACUUCAGACAAUCGAAUUUGCUGCAUCUUCAAGAAAAACAUCAACACGACAUGCAGGAGCAAUACUCCAUCACACCCUCUGGACAAAGGCUGCGAAGCUCUGUUUCCCAAUCAUGCACUUCGUGUAGCCGGCUGGAUCCUCGGACUGUCGGCUCUAAUCGGAAACGCCGCAGUAGUCCUGACCCGCGUUCAGGGGAAGACAAUGCGAACCUCUCCGGUGCAGAAUAGUUUACUGAUCAGCCUUGCGACUGCGGAUGGGCUCAUGGGGAUGUACAUGCUUAUCAUUACGUCAGCAGAUACAUUCUAUGGACGUAGCUUCUUCUUAAGCGCAUCCCGCUGGCGGGAAUCGGGUCUCUGCAAUCUGGCGGGAUUCCUCGGUUUCGUGUCCUGCGAGGCUUCUGUCUUCACCCUAUGCCUCAUCACCGCGGACCGACUGAUGAACAUAACGAACCCCAUCAGGGGGUAUAAGAUCAAGACAAGAGCCUGUCGUCAGGUGAUUAUCGUCGUCUGGUUCUGUUCGAUCAUAACCGGUAUCACCAUUUCAAUAUUGCAGUCUGAAGUGAAGGGAUUCUACGGAUUAUCAAACGUUUGUCUCGGGUUGCCGCUGCAUACCGAACCAGGGAAGGUGACUGUUUCCUCUGAACCUGUAGAGGACGUCUCCGGAGCUAUCAAAGAUAUCAAAACCAAAUUUAAUCCCAAACCAGACCAACCAGUUUGGUGGUUUUCGAUCUUAACAUUCAUUUUUCUUAAUCUACUCGCAUUCAUCUUCAUAACUGUCAGCUACGUCGUCAUGUUCAUUAACAUAAAGCGCAGUUCCCGCGCAACUCGAAACACCGCGCCCAGUCAACGAGAACUGCAAAUAGCGCGGCGGAUGGCGGUUAUCAUAGUCACGGAUUUUUGUUGCUGGAUGCCGGUUAUUAUGAUGGGUAUCCUAACACAAACCGGUGCUAUCCGCCUCCACCCGUCGGUCUAUGCCUGGACUGUCAUCUUCAUUAUACCUAUCAACUCCAGCCUUAACCCUUUUAUUUAUACGUAUAUGUUUUAUUUCGAUGGUAAACCCAGUAACUAUUUCGGAUCAUCGGGUUCGAACAAUCAUGGCGCCCUCAGCGUACGGAAUGACAGGAUUGAAAGAGAACAGAGAAGAGGGAGAAUGACGGAACUUGAUAGAUUAAAAUAGCCCACAAUGCAUUAGCAGUGGACACCCACAGCACAACAUUUACAAAUUCGGCUUAUUAUUAUUAUUAUUAUUAUCAUU